GGCGAAAGUAAAAACAAACCUGCAAUUUUGAUGACAGAGAUGCUAAAAACAAAAUUAUCUAAUUGUAUUCAAACAUUAGCUGAUAUUGGAAUGAUACUGAUAAAGAUGAUAUACAAAGCUUUCGAAUAUUAUGAAAAGCCAGCAGAAUCGGAUUAUGUUGAUGGAAUGUAUGAUAUUAGCAAAGUUAAUAAAAGGAGAUAA